GCGUUUGCAGUCCAAACGUCUUUCCUUCAAGCAAUUAUUACUCUCUAUAUCUGUGCUCGUUACCAUUAUUGUUUGGCUGCUUUGCGCACGUUACUAUUUUUUUUCUUUCUCAUUUCCGACUCUUUGGGCUCAUCAAUUCCAUGGCUGCAUCUGUCGGAGGGUACACGAGCACGAGCACGAGCACCGAAAAUAAAUCCUCCGCCACGAAUUCCUCGAGACGGCGGCACCAUGGCAGCAACAGCAACAAACCCGAAGCAAGAUCUCGACGAUUACAGAGCGAGUAUGCACAUCCUCAUGUUCACUACAGCACCCGCUCCUCCCCACCACGACAAUCUCAUUCCCAACCUCAAAAUCAAUGGCCCUCGCCCAUCUCGAUGACGAGUCCCUCACCAAGCAUAUCAGCACCCUCUCUCAGCGCACCACCAUUCGAUAGCACGGGAAUGGCAGGAAUCACAAUGGAGCGAACCCCAUCAGGCAACUCCAUCAUGUCCGACGCACCACUUCACUACUCCAGUCAUCACGACUCCAAUACGUUAACCUACGCCGACUCGGAAGCAGCGCGUAGGGUAGAAUUCCAUUUCCAGAACAAACGUCUCUCCUCCUCCUCCCACCGCAAGCACGAACGCAUCCUCAAGAAACUCAUCCGGAGGGAUGCCCCCCUCGAUACGGGCUCCCUCGAUGACGAUGCCUUAGCUGGUAUCCUCACCACGGCCGAUACCCUCUUCUUCGACGGCGUCCUGUCCGGACGAGUCCAGUGGGAAUGGUCAUCCGGCGAACGCUACCGCAACGAACUCAUCGGCACCACGGCCUUGCGUCGCUGUCUCGACCGCGAUGGUUUCGAGACCUUGAUCGUGCUCUCGGAACCCAUUCUCCGGUCCCCUGCCUUUGAUCGGAGACUGUUACUCUCAGCUUUCUUGCAUGAGUUGAUCCAUUGCUAUCUCUUUAUUCUAUGUGGGUUCGAAGCGCGCAUGCAGGGCGGCCAUACGUUGGGUUUUCAUCGCAUUGCGGGCAUCAUCGAUAAGUGGGUCGGGGAGGGGUAUCUUUCCUUGUGUAAUAUGAAGGCGAAUCUGGAUUUCUUUCGGAGGAGGGAGGAGAGGGUUGGGUGGGGGUCGAAGGGGGAACUGCAGCAUGAGCAUGAGGGGUGUAAUCAGAGUCCGAGGCAGGAUGGGUUGGAGGGGGUGGUGUUUGGGAGGAAGGGAUAUUUUUAGAUGAUGGGUAUGAAGUAAUGAAAAGGGAGAGAUAUGAUUGCUGCAUGAUAGAAUAGCGUUUUUUUCUGGGAUGGGAUGGUAGAUGGCGUUGGUGUUGGUGCUGGGUUGAUAACUUGUACAUGUAUAUACCUAUUUAUCAUGCCUAUAAGGCGGAGUUGGGAGGAUAUCCCGGCUUGAAUUACAUACUAUAUCUUCACAACAUCUCCCUUAGUCUCUUCUUCACAUCCACUUCUUCUCCAAUAACUCACUCCUUUUCAACAACCCACUUCGGCUUCCAUAACUCAGUUCCAUCCAACGACUUCUCACAAUGCAAGACCUCUCAAACCCAUCAAACCAAGCAACACAAACCCCACCGCCCCA